AUGAGAAUUUCUGAGGGCUCUCCAUAUCCUCCAAGCGAAUCUGACAUUUCCGAGAUCCCACGCGAUCUUGAGAAAGAAGAUGCCAUUGCAAAACUGUCACUUCUUCCCAAUCCUCUCCCUCGACCUCGAUGUCUGACUCCAUCUGGCUUUCGAGAUGUUGCAGAAAAGCCUGGACUGCCGAAGCCGAAGCCGACUUUUCAGCAUUGCGCGUACUAUAAGCUCCCACCUGACAUGAGAAGAUACAUUCUUAUACUGGCUUUCGGCAAUCGUCGUCUCCAUAUGGACUUAUCUUACGAUUAUCCCGACAUCUCUCCAGAGCUCAUUCAACCGUUGGAAAAGAACCAUUGUGGCAUCGCCCUGGAGAACAUGCACAGCAUCAAACUACGAGCCGUCGAUGAUACGAAGCCAAGAUCCUAUGCCGAAGCUAUCGGCAUCCUUUACUCUAAAAACACCAUCAUCAUGGCCAAUGAAGCAAUGAUAACUCAUCUGCCUCAACUCUUGGUACCGCAUCGCCUCGCGUCCAUAACUUCACAUGAGAUAAGUUGGAAUUUGAAGUCCCGAUACCACAGCGGGAUUUGCAAUGUCAUUGAUGAGGCAGAUCUGAAGCACGUCUGUGAAAUAAUAUCCACCCAGUUCCCGCAAUUACGCCGUCUUUAUCUAUCUCUCGAGAAGUCACGGCAGCUUAGAGCUUACUACCCUGAAGAAGUCUGGUCAGCUAUCAGCCCUCACCUAGACAGCCUUGCACAAGCGAUGCCAUCCCUGACAGAACAUGCCAUUUCGCUGCCGGAUACUCUUUUUAAUUCUAUCUUGUGGGACGCAAAAAGAACUGAUACCGGAUCUUAUUCCGAAAUAUGUCAUUCUUAUAACCAGAUGUGGCGAUCCACCGACGGGAAAAUGGAUGUCAUCCAUCUUCCAUAUGUCGACAGCUAUCCAAAGGUCCCGUAUCACAUACCUUCUUCAAUCUUCAAGUACAAAGGUUAUUGGAUCCUCAACGGAACCAAAAAGUCUCACUUAUGGAGGUUUUCUACCGAGUCUUCGCCGCUGAGAGGCCCUUGCGUGCCUUCCUAUGAUUCUGAUUCCGAGCUCUAUGGAGACCUUCUGGGACUGGAGGACAUAUUUUGA